UCAAAGUAGUGUGAAGAAACUCAACCGUUAGUGCGUUAGUUUUUUUUUUCUUCAUUAAAUUUUCUCUCCACGGACCACGAAACGAAAAGUGCAAACUUGAAACUCACAACCCUCCCAAAAAAUCCAUCAAUCAACCCCGCCCCGUCCCCACCUGAUCCCGGCGUCAGCGACUGUCAGCGCGCAGUUCCGAGACCUUCCGGCCGGAAAUGACGCUGAAAGACGAGAUCGUCACCGCCUCGGCGGAGGUCAAACCGGACUUUGGCGAAUCGUACUCCACCAAAGACGAGAUCCUUCUGCUGUCAUCGAGCAUCAGCCGGAAGUCGUCGAUCGCGUCGUCGUCCGAAUGUACCAACCGUUAUCGUCCCACAAGAAGCAACGAAGACCACACCAACAGUAACCGGGACGAACAGUCCGACGAAGAGAACGGCUCCAAGAUGUACGAUAUUUUGGUUGUAAACAAAAACUACGAUGCCGAAGGGCCCGACUCCAUCUCGGUGCGAGUAGGGGAUCUGGUCGAGGUCCUGGACAUGGGCGAGUCCGCCAAGAACAACGCCGCAAAGAAGCCCAAACUGGACCCAUCGCUGAACGUGGGCAAAACCGAGAGCCUGCUGGACAGUUCCGUCUCCAAGCACAAGCUGGCCGUCAAACCGAAGAAGAACCACCAGAGUUCGCUACGGAGAAGCGUCAGUCCACAGCCGCCGCAGUACCAGCCCAAACCGAAUGAAAAGUGGAAAGUACGAAUCUUCGACGGGGAUGACAACGCCAAAGCGGGCUGGAUUCCGGUCUCGGUGCUGGACAUCAUGCACACCGACCAGGCCGUUUUCGGCGAGAAGGCAAACGAUGCCGCCUACCGUCGAGAAGCUGUCGUUCGAGAGCUGAUUGAAACUGAGGAAGAGUUCGGCCGCGACCUGCAGCAGGUCGUCGAGAACUACAUCAAGUACAUCGACAACCCGGACAACAAGAUCCCCCGGAUGAUCCGCGAUCACAAGGACGACAUCUUCAACAACUUCAAACAGAUCGCGGACUUUCACAACACCGUACUGAUCGAGGGCGUCAAGUACAACGCCAACAAUCCAAAAAUGAUCGGCAAAACGUUCCUGCGGUUGGAACGCGACUUCGACAAGCACGUGCGGUACUGCCGGGACGCGCCGGCCGCCCAAGAGUUUCUGGCCGCCAACGACGCCGUGCGGGACUUUUUUAUGGACCUCUCCCAAAAACUAGACGACGACAAGAGUUUAGUGGAACACCUCAAGCUACCCAUCCAGCGCAUCAACGACUAUAAACUUUUAUUCAAGGAACUUCUGAAAUAUUCCAACGCGCUCGGCGAAAAUGUCACCGACCUCCAGAAGGCCCUAGAGUUGAUGCUCUCGGUGCCCAGUCGAGCAGCCAACAACAAGUAUCUGGAGAGCAUCGAAGGUUUCCGCGGGAACCUCCAGAAGCUAGGUCGCGUCCUCGCCCACGAGUACUUCGGCGUCAAGGACAAGGAGAACAAGAUCAAGGAGCGCUACCUCUUUCUAUUCAAGGCUCGAAUUCUCAUCACCAAGGCGAAACGCCUCUCGGACGAAAAAUCGAUUUUUAUUCUUAAGGAUAUCGUUAAGCUACCCGACGCGCAAAUCAAGGACAUCGAUUCCCGUGCCUUUGAGCUAGCCCCAAAGACCGCCGGAAAAGGAGACAGCAGUGCGGUGGUGCAUCUGAUCGCGUACUCGGAGGAGGCGAAGAAGCGCUGGAUCUACGAGAUCGAGGAGUACGUCAACAACGCGGUUGCACUGCAGGAGCACGCUAACGACGAUUUGCGUAUAGAUCCGACCCAAACCAACAUCGACGAAAGUAUCAUUAAGCUACCGCAGCGCAUCGAAGCGCACAAAACCGACGAGAAUAUCAAACCGUCGGACAUCGCGGACAAUUACGUAGUGUUCAAGCACAAGGCGCACCGCGACGACGCACAGUUGGUGCAGAAAACCGUCAGCCAAGAAGCAGUAGUCGCGGCCGACGAAGAAGAAGAAGAGGAGAAAUCCGCCAGUGUCUCGGAAAGGCUCGCUGCAUUCGAGGUCCAAAAGUCCCGAAAGCUCGAGUUCAACUCCAGCAAACAAGAAGCCAAAACCCAGGAACGUAGAACCUCAUCUUCAUCCGCACAAGUUCAACAAGUCACGCAGCAGAAACAAGUUGUUCAAACUUCCACAACUCAGGUUCAGGAACGUAGAACAUCAUCCACCACUCAAGUUCAAAGCUCGACUGUUGUACAAAACUCAUCAGUGCGACAAGAAUCCAAGGCCGUCAGCCAAUCAAAGACUCAAGUCCAAGAAAGCAAGCAAAUCGAAGCUCAAACCAAGGUUCAAUCACAAGAGUCCAAAUCGGCAGCUGUCAAGCGUCAACAAGAAGUACAACUUGAAGCUCAAUCCAAGGUUCAAGUUGUUGAAGCUGCUCAACAAUCAGUUUCAAAAGUCGAAUCGAAAACCUCAUCGAUCCAGCAAAAGUCCGUUUCUAAAGCUCAACAGCAAACAAUUGUCGAAACCACCACAGCAGCAUCAGCAGCGACAGUUCAAGCACAAGAAUCCGUCUCCAAAGUCGCCCAGAUUGAAUCGAAAUACGCUUCCCUAAAACAGAAGCAGCACCAACAGGCGACCACAGUCAGCGAAGAGGUAAAGACAGAAUCCGUACAGGUUGUCACCAGCACCAAGCAGGACUCCGUGCCCAGCUCACCGAUUGACGCCGACUCGAAAAUCAAACAGAUUGAAUCCAAGUACGCAGCUCUCAAGCAGAAGCAGCUCGAGCAAAAAUCUGACGAAGUCGACGCCAAGUUCCAGAUUGUAGAGACCAAGUUUGCUGCCCUCAAGCAGAAGCAAGAACAGCAGAAGCAGCUACAGCAACCGAAGCAAGAGCCCACAAAGCCAGUUGAACAGCUGUCCAAGGUUGAGCAGAUUGAAUCCAAAUACAAAAAGCAAGAACAACAGCAAGAAGUCGUUGUAGCUCGAGUUAAAGAAACUGUAGUUCAAGAACAGAAGCAAGAAACACCAAAACCACUGUCCAAACUUGAACAGUUAGAAUCCAAGUACAAGAGCAAGCAGGUUCAGCAAGAAACCACUGAGGUUAUCCCGACUACUCCAGUUGUCGAGACAAAGCCUGCUGCCGAACCACUGACCCCAGAUUCUCUUUCGAAGAUCCAACUGAUCGAGUCAAAGUACGCGGCACUCAAGCAAAGGCAACAGCAAGUUCAGGAAACUCAAGUAACCGAGGUAAAGGCAACUGUCGAAGUACAGGAAACUCAAUCGAAACUAGCGCAGAUCGAAGCCAGGCACACCGCUCGCCGACAAUCGUUCCAGAAGGACCACGAAGAAGAAGUUACCAAGAGCAAGCAGGAGUCGAAACUUCCAGUCCCAGCCAAAACCGAAGAAAAGCACUUUACCGCGCAAAAGGUUGAGGCAGUCAAGUUAGUUGAAGCUCAGAAGAAAACUGAGGAAGCAUCGAAACCAACUCCUGAAUCGCCUAAGCCAAAGGUCGACAAGAAGGAUCGUCCACGACUGCAGAUUCCAGUGCCGGAGAAACCGCUAGACUCGGUGAAAGCUCCCGAAAGUCCAAAGAAAGUACCGGAAUCGCCGAAAACUCCAGUUAAGAAGCCGGAGAGUCCACCACCAGCUAGCAAAAAGUUACCCGAAGCACCCAAGACUCCAGUGAAGGUUCCAGAGAGUCCUAAACCAGUUGAGAAGAAAGUUGAGCCUGUAAAAACACCAGAGCCACCAAAGACUCCAACCAAAGUACCCGAGUCACCGAAGCCAAAGCUUCCGGAAACACCCAAGACACCAACAAAGGCUCCAGAGAGUCCAAAACCAGUUGAGAAGAAGCUUCCAGAGGCUCCGAAAACUCCAGUGAAAGCUCCAGAAAGUCCAAAACCGGUAGAACAGAAGCUUCCUGAAGUUACAAAGACACCUACAAAGGCUCCAGAGACAAAGGCAAAGGCUCCAGAGAGUCCAAAACCAGUUGAGAAGAAGCUUCCAGAGGCUCCGAAAACUCCAGUGAAAGCUCCAGAAAGUCCAAAACCAGUUGAAAAGAAGCUUCCCGAGGCUCCUAAGACUCCAACAAAGGCUCCAGAGAGUCCGAAACCAGUUGAGAAGAAGGUUGAGCCUGUGAAAACACCAGAGCCACCGAAAACACCAACUAAGGUACCAGAGUCACCGAAGCCUAAACUUCCGGAAACACCCAAGACACCAACAAAGGUUCCAGAGAGUCCAAAACCCGUUGAGAAGAAGCUUCCAGAAGCUCCACAGACCCCAACAAAGGCCCCGGAGAGUCCAAAACCAGUUGAGAAGAAGCUUCCAGAGGCUCCGAAGACUCCAGUGAAGGCUCCAGAGAGUCCGAAAGCAGUUGAAAAGAAGCUUCCCGAGGCGCCGAAAACUCCAACAAAGGCACUAGAGAGUCCAAAAUCGGUAGAACAGAAGCUUCCUGAAGUUCCAAAGACACCGACUAAGGUUCCUGAGAGUCCAAAACCAGUUGAGAAGAAGCUUCCAGAGGCACCAAAAACUCCAGUGAAAGCUCCAGAAAGUACUAAGCCAGUUGAGAAGAAGCUACCAGAGGCACCGAAGACUCCAACAAAGGCUCCAGAGAGUCCUAAGCCAGUUGAGAAGAAGCCGGAAAAGGUCGACCCACCGAAGCCGAAAGAACCUGAGAAGAAACCAUUCGAAGCAAAGAAGGUUGAGGCAGUGAAACUUCCUGAACCGGCCAAGAAGGCUGAAACACCAGCAGCAGCUGUAAAAGCACCGGAAUCACCGAAGCCGAAGGAGGUUGAGAAAAAGCCAUUUGAAGCAAAGAAGGUUGAAGCCGUUAAGCUACCAGAACCUGUUAAAAAGGUUGAUACUCCUGCCGUAAAGACACCGGAAUCGCCGAAGCCAAAGGAAGCAGAUAAAAAGCCGUUCGACGCGAAGAAGGUUGAAGCAGUCAAGCUACCGGAACUGAGCAAGAAGUCCGAACCUGCUAAAACUAAAGCAGAGUCCGCUAGCACAACAGGUUACGAUACCCCUGUAGCGGAUGAUGGUCAGGAACCCUCUCUAGAGAGUCUAGUAGAGCAGAAAUCUAGAGAGGAAUCGCUCAAGCUUAAGCUUGACGAGAUCUACGCUAAGGAGAAGGCAGCACUUGUCGAGGCCAAGCGCAUCCGACAAGCAGAGGAGGAAGAGAUACGUAGGAAGUUUGACCAGAGAAGCAAGCGAGAGAUCCAGCAGAUCAAGGAAACUGCGUUGGAACUUUUGGAGCAGAUUCAAGCAACAAGGGAAUCGGUAAAGACAGUAUUAGGUGACAGUGACGAACCGAACACGAAGGAAUCGAAAUUGCCAAAGGUUGAAAAGUUAGCGGUGCAAUCCGAUUCGAAGCUUCCGAAGAUCACCAAGGCGGCAGAUAACGGUUCAGAUUCCCAACAGCAGCAAGAACCUCCACCACAAGAGAGCUCUAACGAAGGAGGAUCUGAUCAACAGGAAGGCACAUCUGGUGGAGAUCAGAGCAGCCAAGGCAAUCAGGGAGGAGAUAACCGAGAAGGGUCAGGCGACGGAAGUGGAGGCAAGCGAACUCCACCGCCUCUUCGGUUACCAACUUUCUUUGAUCCACCUCCACCACCAGUAUAUCAGGCUACUAUCGAGGUAUUCAUCAAGAAGGAACGUCCACCACCACCACCGCCACCAAAGAUCACCAGAAAGCUUGUGGUCAAUACCGACGAACUAGAACGGAAGACACAGCUGUUCUUUGAAGGCCAUAUCGACGUUCCGGAUCCGGACUAUUCUACAGCAGCCGCUCACCGAAAGGUAAAAGGUCUUAAGCACCUUAUUGGUAAAACCGGUGAAACAGUUCGGUACGCCGAGGAUACAGUUCACAAGGCGGAACAGGGUGAAUUCUCUAGUAUUGUAUUCCCCGAACCAGAAGAAGAGCGAAAACCAAGGGAACCUGCCUACGAGUAUCAGUACACGGUGGAGGAUCCGAUUACCGGCGAAAAGAUUUGUACUGCUGAUCCUAACGUCGUUUUGAUUGAAAAAGAACUAGAGAUGGAGGAUCAGUAUACCUCUAGAUCGUCGUCGAGAUACACUUCCCUUAAGAAUCGUUCACUAGAAGCGCAACUCGAGGAGUUGGCCGAUUUCGAGGACAAGCACCUGGAGAAGAUGUCGGCGACGCAAACCCAGAAAUUGCGGGUGCCAACCAACAUUCGGCCCCACUUUGUGCAGGCCAUUCAUGGUCUGUGCGUUGAGCCCGGCGAAAAUGCCAAGUUCUCGUGCCAACUGGACGAACGUUCCAGCGUGCAGUGGCUCAAGGAUAACAAGCCGCUCGAUGACAAGCUGGCGGAUCGCGUCAUCACGAAGGAAGCCGACAACCUGACGUACUCGCUGGAGAUUCAGCACUGUCGCGAGGAGGACACCGGCACCUACACGGCACGGGCCAUCAACGGUGCGGAGAAUGCCGCCUGUACGGCGCAACUCACCGUGGAGAAGUUGACCCCAGAGCAGAGGAAGGCUCUCUCGGAAACCAACGCCCCAGUGUUUAGCGUCAUACUUAGAAACACCGAGGUCGUUGAGAAGACUUACCUGACCUUCCUGGUCAAGGUCAAGGGAGAUCCCAAGCCGAAGAUCCGAUUCUGCAAAGACGAUCGUGAGAUUUCUGACACUGACAAGCGUAUGAAGGUCGUUCGCGAGCGUGAGGACAGUGGGUACUACGAGUUGAUCAUUCCGGAAGUCCACAAGGGCGACUGUGGUGUGUACUCGUGCACGGCCUACAACAAGUUCGGCAGUACCAAAACCGAAGCCCAGCUUCUGGUUACUGACCAGAGAGAACUGUUUAACGAGCUGGACACUCUCGACGAUAAGAGUAAAUUCGUUUGGAAAAAGAACGGUGUUCCCUUCGAUCCUGAAGAGCGGUUUAAGGUGCUUAUGGCGGAUGAUUCCGACUCGUUGGCGCUUGUCUUCCAGCACGUGAAACCUGAAGAUGCUGGACUCUACACUUGUGUUGCCGCAACCGCUUCCGGCAAUAUCCAGUGUAGUGCUGAACUCACGGUUCAGGGGCAAGUCAACCAACUCAUGCAGGACCCAUCCAAGCCGCACAUAGUAAUUGAGUCGAAGGACGCACUGUCGCGAAUUGGCGGUAAAGCUAUGCUCGAGAUGAAAGUCCACGGCUAUCCCAAGCCGGAGCUCGUAUGGCGUCACGAGGGCACCAUCAUCGAACCCGGUGGUCGCUUUAAGUUCCUCUACGAGGACGCCGAGUCCGUAUCGCUGGUCAUCAUGGAUGUGCAAUCUUCGGACGCCGGUGCCUACUCGAUCGUUGCGCAGAACGAACUUGGCGAAGACUCUACCUUCAUCAAUCUGACCGUCAAGUGUCCACCAAGCAUCGUGAGGCCACACGACACCUCUGCCAUGGUUGGCGAAAACUUCAAGAUGUCCGUGGAAGUCAAUGCCGUGCCGGAGGCUACCGUUCGCUUCUAUAAGAACGGUAAGGAACUCAAGGAGGACAACCGUAUCAAGUUCCUGACGGCCGAAAACUAUCACAUCAUCAAGUACAGUCCGACCACCAUGGAAGAUGCUGGCAAUUAUUCGAUCAUCGCCGCUAACGAGAUCAGCCAGGCAACCGAAUUCUGGGAGUUCACCAUCAACUCCCCACCGCGUCUGAUGCACGGUCUGUCGAAGGAAACGAUCGUCAACGAGAAGGAGGACAUCGAGCUGUACGUCAAGGCUGACAGUAAUCCCAAGCCGAUCGUGCGCUGGUACAAGGACGGAAAGGAGGUUUUCCCCGAUGGCAAGCGUAUUCUGAUUAUCGAAGAAGAUAAUCGUUACACGCUGAAGAUCCACGCGGCUAACCGAGACGACACUGCGUUGUAUACGGCCGAUAUCAUCAACGAUUACGGUACCGUUACGGAGCGUUCCCAGGUGAAUGUGAACACCAAGUCCAAGGUCCGUGAACAGCUGGAGGCCAUCACUUGCAAGGAGGGCGAUAGCAAUGUGGUCAUGAGCAUCAAGGCCGACGGUUACCCACGACCAAAGGUUCAGUGGUACAUCGAUGACGUCGAGAUCACCGAAUCCCGCAACGAGUUCAAAACGGUUGAGGAAGGACUGUACUACAAGUUGAUCAUGAAGGAAGCCAAGGCAGAACUGCAGGGUGUGUACAAGGCCAAGUUCACUAACGAAUACGGUUCGGACGAAUCUAGCGCCAAGACAACUAUCCAGUGUUCGCCUAAGGUACGCAAGUCACUGGUGGACACGGAAGUCGACGAGAACACUACUCUGACUCUGGAGGUCGAAAUCUACGCGGAGCCCGUGCCGGAGAUCAGCUGGUUCAAGAACGGCCAACCGGUGCAGACCGACGCUCGUCUCACGAUCAAGCGCGACAGCCAGCGGGUGGAGAACUACACCCUCUCGCUGACCAUGGUCCGCGGAGCAGACUCCGGCGAUUACGAGGUGCGUGCGGUCAACGCCAUGGGAACCGCUACCAGCAAGUCGAGGGUCGUUGUGCAAAAAGCCCUUGUAGCGAGCCCCGAUGAGAACGCCGAAACGCACCACAUGAUCAGCGAAUGCACCAAAAUUGGCCAGAACGGAGAGACCAUCAUGAUCUCGGUGCACACCGAAGAGAGUCACGCAGGGAUAGUAACAGGUACCGAAGAGUCCCACUCGAUCCACCAGAUGCGCGCGACGACGAUUAUAUUUGAAGAAGACAGCGGCUCACCACUGGAAGUGCCCCAGCGGAUCAUCUUCCCCAACAGACCGCACGCUUCGGCGUUGCACGUGGAGGAGAUCGACAGCAUAACGUUCAAAUCUCCAGAGGAGAAGGCUCAAUAUCACAGCCUAACCGUGAACGAAUCCGCCGGAACGCGUCUCGUCAUAGAAGAGCUCGAAUCGGACAACGAAGCCGCUUCGGGAGGUGGACGAUACUCGCGAGGAGUGUCCAUUACGUCGGCUUCGGAUGACGAGCUGCUGUCGCGACAGUCCAGCCGACCGGGAAUGGAAGAGUUCACUGAGCAGGCGAAGCAAGCCGAAGAAUCCCAAGGUUUGACCAGAGAAGAUGCCGAUCUGAACGAUUCGGAGAAGAGCAAGAGGGUUCGCUUUGAAGAAGACUUGGCCGAGAGCGCUAAGAAAGCUCGUCUGCUCGAGAAGCAAGAAUCUGAAGGCGGCAAUGUAGAAGUCGAUGAAAGAUGUCUUAAAGUGAACACAAAUGAAGCCACUUCUCAAGCUGGUAAGCUUCUUUCAAAAGAAUCCAUUGAGGAAGCUGAAGGUCAGAAAGGUAAAGCAGUCGAUGAGAGCGAAGCAGAAAAAGCACAAAAGAAACAAGCGUUGCUCAAGGGAACAGUCGACGAAGAAGCAGCUGAAGAAGCGAAACCUAUCGUUUCUGAAGACACUGAAAAAGCAAAGAAAGGCAAACGCCUCCAACAAGAAGAAGCAGUGGAAAAUACUCAACCUUCGGUUAAAGCACAAGAAACACAGGAGGACAGCAAGUCUAAGAAAGCCUUGAAGAGCGAAGAAUCCGUCGAAGUCGAAGCGGAUGCGUCUAAAAAGCAGAAGCUGACCGAAGAGACAGCUAGCAAAAAGAAAGCUCUGUUGAAAGGAGAAUCCGUUGACGAAACCACCGAGAAAGCGAAAAAACUCGAGCAGACAGAGGAUAAGCCCAAGAAAGCUUCAUUGCAAGGGGACAUAACUGAAGUGGAUGCUGACAAGUCUCAGAAGCCACAAGAAUCCGAUGCAAACCGCGCAACUCGCCCUGAAGCGUCCCCGGAGAUUCUGAAGACCGACAUCGCCGACGUUACUACGUUCGACUCGCUCCCACUGUCGUGGACCGUCGAAGCCGAUGGCAUCCCGCGCCCUGCCGUCAUCUGGUACCACAACGGAGAGGAGGUCAAGGCCAGCGACCGCAUCCGAUUCACUGACUCGGGAACUACCUACAAGAUCGAGAACCGCGACGUGAAGGAAGCCGACGCUGGAGAAUGGAAGGCCGUUGUCAAGAACCGUAUCGGCGAGAAGACGCUGCCGUGCAACUUGACUGUUAUUCCUUGCAAGGAGUACCGCCGUCCCAAGUUGAGCAAGGGUCUGGAGGACAUCUCCGUGCACAAGAACGAACCGAUCACGCUGAGUGUCACGCUUACGGCCGAUCCAGAGCCGGAAAUCAGCUGGAUCCAGAACGGUACCGAGGUGCAAGCCGACAACUUCAUCCAGAUGAAGACGGAGAUCCAGGAGCUCGAGUACAACCUCAAGCAGAUCACGUACACGCUGUACAUUGCCGAAGGUCGUCACUACGACACCGGUAACUACACCUUCCGUGCCAAGAACAAGUACGACAUCAACGAGUCCAACUGCCGGCUGGAUGUGCUGCUGAAGCCAGAGAUCGAGAACUUGUCGGACAUCACCGUGGAACCGUUCACACAGGGUGUGUUCCAGGUGCUGAUCAAGGCGAACCCCAAGCCGAAGGUUACCUGGACCAAGGACGGUAUCAAUCUGUGCAACGUCGACAACUGCGACGUUAUUGCCGACGUCGAGAAGGAAAUCUACACCCUUCUGGUGGAGUCCUGCGCGAUGGCCGAACAUGGAACUUAUACUUUGACGGCUACGAACAACUUUGGCGAAACCGUUGCAACGGCUAAGCUGAACGUGCACACCACGAAGCCAACGUUCACCAAGGAACCGGACAGCUUGAACGUCCACGAUUGGGCCGAUGUGUACAACAAGGUUGAAGUUCGCGGUGUUCCACGUCCUGCCAUUCAGUGGCUCCGCAACGGAACGCCACUUGAUUUGGAGGAAAUCGAUCCGGAAUCGAACGAACCCAAGGUCAAGGUCGUGACUACUGGUGACUCUGAGGUGACCAGUGAGUUGUUCAUCACCCACUUUGGGCCUGAGCUGCAAGGAAACUACUCUUGCUUGGCAUCGAGCAUCGGUGGUGAAACCGAGGCCAAGUUCAUGAUUUUGGUCAAGAACGAACAGCCCGUGUUUGGCAAGGGACUGGACAGAUCUAUGGAUCUGGAGGAAGACGAUCGCUUGGAGCUGUCCUGCAUUGUUGAUGGUAGCCCACUGCCGAAGAUGACCUGGUACAAGGAUGGCAACGAAGUUAUCGCUGAUGAUCACGUUAAGAUUACCCACGGUCACGACGGACGUUGCCGUCUGGUCAUCGAUAAGGUUGAACCCGGAGACAGUGGUUGCUACAAGCUGGUUCUGUCGAACAAGAGCGGCGAUGUUUCCACGCAGAGUUCUGUUGCGAUCACACCCAAGCAAAGAUAUCCGGUGUUCAUCCGUCCGCUCCAGGACCACAAGAUUGUCGUUGGAGAUAAACUGCACAUGGAAGCUGAAAUCGCUGGCUACCCGAUGCCGGAAGUUAGGUGGUUCAAGGAUGGCAUUCCAAUCCACCAAACGCGUGCGAUCAACUUCAUCAACGAGCCCAACGGACUGGUUGGUUUCAUCAUCGAUCGCGUCACGCCCGAGGACGCCGGUAUCUAUACCUGCGAGGUGAAGAACUCGGUCGGUUCGGCGACGUCCGCAUCGAUCACGGAAAUUCUGCCAAAGGCCAAGAAGCCUCAGUUCAUCAACGAACUGCAGACCAUCAGCAUUGUCGAGGGCUAUCCGAUCAAGAUGAACGUCAAGGUUGUUGGCUAUCCAAUGCCAGCCAUCAAUUGGCUUCACAACGGAACUCAAAUCACUGGCGAUCGUUGCAAGAUCACAGAGGAGAGUGAGGGAAGCUCUUGGCUGUCCAUCGACAAGGCGGUCGGAACCGAUGGUGGCGAGUACUCGGUUGUUGCUUCCAACGAGAAUGGAGAUACCAUGUGCGCUGCUACCGUGACUGUUCUUCCAGUCACUGACACCUCGAUUGGAGAAGAGCCACCAACCUUCCUGGGAGGUAUUCGGGACAUUAUCGCCGAUGAGGGCAAGGAGCUUACGUUCAGUGCUCGCUUCGCUAGUAACCCAGCACCCGAAGUCAUCUGGACCAAGGACGGAGAGCCGCUGCAACCUACUGGACGCGUUACUGUCACUUGUGACGGUAAGAGUGUUGGCUUAACUAUUGCUCCGGCUGAGACAUCCGACUCUGGUGAAUACGCUUGCUUGAUGGCUAACCCAUUGGGCGAAACUGAGACCAAGGCCUCGGCCACUGUUCGUAAGGUGUUCCAGAAGCCGAACUUCGUGUACCGCUUCCCGGAUCUUCAACAGCUGCCAGGAUUGGAAGCCAAGUUCCCGGCUAAGCUGGUCGGUGUGCCACGUCCAACUGUACAGUGGUACAAGAACGAAACUCCGAUUUCUGCCAACGAUCGUUACAAGAUGAAGUACGAGGGAGAACAUUGCUGCCUGUACAUCAAGGAAUGUAACGAGUCCGACACGGGAUUGUACUCGUGCAUCGCUACCAACCGCGAAGGAAGCAGCACUAUCGAAGCCAAGCUGGAUGUCGUGUCGCAACUGACCAAGGGUGAUGAGCCGCUGCCAGCGUACUUCAUGAAGAAACCAGUCGAUAUGACAGUUCUUGAAAACAUGAAGGCCAAGUUUACUGCUUGUGUCGAUGGAUUCCCACUGCCAACUGUGGAAUGGAUCCGUGACGGACAUCGUCUGGUUCCAAGUGAAAAGUACCGCAUCGAAGCUGACAUCAACGGUCUUUCUCGGUUGAUCAUCGACGACGUUCAGGAGGAGGAUCUUGGACGUUACACAUGCAAGAUUUUCAACAACCUUGCUGAAGUGUUGGCGCAUGUAAAUCUGCGUUUCGAAACUCUGGACGCCCAUCCACGCCGUCGUUACGGAAAGGGCAAGGGCAAGGACUACCUGCAUAGCACGCCUUACCCGCUCAUGGACCGACCGAUCAUCUCGAAAUUGUCCGAUCGUCGUUUGACUCUGUCAUGGAAGCCAUCGAUGACGACCGUUCCGCGCUAUCCAAUCACGUACCAAAUGGAAAUGAUGGAGCUUCCCGACGGAGACUGGUAUACCUAUCAAUCUGGACUGCGCAGUUGCUCGUGUGAAGUGCGCAACCUCGAACCGUUCCGUGAAUACAAGUUCCGCAUCCGCGUCGAAAACAAGUAUGGCGUUAGUGAACCAAGUCCCUAUGUCCAGACGUAUAGACAGAAGCUGGAGCCAGAUGCGCCAGUGUUCUAUCCAUACCUUGGACCGGGACGUGAUUACCGCCCCGACGUUUCUCCGCUCUAUCCCCACAACUUCGACGUAGAGCGUCCUUCGCACAAGGAUCAACGUACCGGCAUUACGCCAGAGUUCCUGCGCCAAGAGUUCCCCGUUCAGUUCGGCACCAAGAACCACAACGUUAGCCUGUUCUGGUUUGUGUAUGGUUAUCCGAAGCCAACAAUGACCUACUACUUCAACGAUCAGAAGAUCGAAGCCGGAGGUCGUUAUUGCUUUAGCUACACCAGAAACGGCCAGGCUACGCUAUUCAUCAACCGCAUGUCUGAGCGUGACGUUGGCGUCUACGAGGCCGUCGCCAGCAACGAGUACGGCUCUGUGAAGCAACGUGUCUGCCUUGAACUCGGAGAGUAUCCACGAUUCCUGCAACGCCCGGAGGAAGUGUUCAUCAUGGGUCGUCGCUCGGGACGUAUUGAGGCGAAGAUCGCAGGAGUUCCGUUCCCGGAUGUAAAAUGGUUCAAGGACUGGCAGCCCAUCACAGAAUCUACUCGCGUCAAGAUGAUUUUCUACGAGCCAGACACCUGGGUUCUGCUAAUCACCGAUGCCAUCAAGAAGGACGAAGGCCUGUAUUCGUUGAGCGCUUACAACGCUAUCGGAUCGAUCAGCUCGUCGGUUAUGGUGCACGUUGAAGAUAACGAGGAAGACUACGUGUACAACGCUCAUCACAGAACUCCGUACGUUCGUGCUCGCAACAAGGUGUGCGAAGACUUUUACGACAUUGGAGAUGAGAUUGGUAGAGGUACUCAGGGUAUCACUUACCACGCUGUGGAUCGUUCCAACGGACGUAACUUUGCGGCUAAGAUCAUGCACGGUAGUCCGGACCUGAGACCGUUUAUGUUCAACGAGGUGGAUAUCAUGAACAUCUUGAACCAUCGUAAGUUGAUCCGCCUGCACGACGCCUUCGAUAUCAACAGGUCGUUGACAUUGAUCUUGGAGCUUGCCUCUGGCGGUGAGUUGGUGCGUGACAAUCUGCUUGUUCACGAUUACUACACUGAGCGUCAGAUCGCUAUUUAUGUGUACCAGAUUCUGUUGGGUCUGGAGCAUAUGCACACCCGAGGAAUUGGUCACAUGGGAUUGACCAUCAAGGAUCUGCUGAUUGCCCACCCGGGUAGCGAUAACCUGAAGAUCUGCGACUUUGGAUUGUCUCGCCGCAUUGAAGACGAUAAGCUUUACACGCUGGACUACGGUAUGCCUGAGUUUGUUGCUCCAGAGGUUAUCAACCGCCGUGGAGUUGGCUUGGGUCAGGACAUGUGGAGUAUCGGUAUCAUUACGUACAUUCUUUUGGGAGGUGUAAGCCCGUUCCUGGGUCGCAACGAUCGUGAAACGCUCACCAAGGUACGCGAUGGAAAGUGGACCUUUGUUGGCACCGUUUGGGAGUUUAUCUCUACCGAGGCACGUGACUUCAUCACCAGGCUGCUGGUUUAUGAGGACGAUCACCGUAUGACCAUCAAGGAAGCUCUGAAUCACUCGUGGUUCGAUGUCAUCUACAAGAGAACCUUCGAGGAGUAUCAGAUUGGUACGGAUCGUCUGCGCCGCUAUUACUACCAUUACCGCGACUGGUACACGAAUGCCUCGUGCCGCACAUGGUACCGCCGACGCCCGUUGAUGAGCUGCUUCGACCAUCCGUCCAAGAUGGUCUAUCCGUCUGGUAUCAUCUUUACUCCGGAGGGCACUCCACCACCGGUCGGCGUGGAGGACACCCCGCACAAGCGCAGGAAGUGGGACGAAUACGUCUCCAAGGACAACCAUCCCGACUACGAGACGGCUUCGUUCAAGUCCGAGAGCCACUACCAGCAGGGACCGGACACGUACCUGCUGCAGCUGCGUGACACCACCUUCCCGUGCCGUCUUCGUGAGUACAUGAAGAUCGCCAAGCACCGGUCGCCCAGCCUGCUCAGCGAGAGCAACUACGAUCAGAGCCUGCCGAUCAUUCGCGAGCGUCGUCGUUUCACUGACGUCAUGGACGAGGAAAUUGAUGACGAGCGUAGAAGCCGCAUCAGCCGUUACGGUACCGACGAUAGCAUUACCAUCAGUCGCCGUCUCCGUACCGAGGUUGGAACCAGGUUGGGAUCGUACGCUGAGGCCGAAGCCAUGAUCGAGGUCAAGCGUGAAGGUCAUGCACCGUUCUUCCGCGAGAAGCCACAGACCAUUUCGAUUCGCGAAGGAGAACCGAACCAGAUCAUCUGCUACGCGGUCGGUGAUCCGAAGCCAUCGGUAACGUGGUUCCGCAACGACAUGGUCAUCACCGACAAUAACCGUAUCAAGGUGCUGGAUGACGUUGAUGGUCGCUCGGUGAUUCAGUUCCAUCCGGCGACGUUCAACGACUGUGGUAUCUACAAGGCAGUUGCCAGCAACCGAAUUGCCAAGACGGUUGCUCGGUGCCGAGUCGUGAUUGCCAUCAUUCCGGAUGCACCAGAUAGUCCGGACGCAGUGGCGGUUAGUGAUACGGAAGUGUUGCUACGUUGGAAGCAGCCGAGAAGCGACGGUAACUCGCCGGUUAUUUGCUACAGCUUGGAGAUUAGACAGCACGGAAGGCAAGACUGGAUUGAUGUUGCGAGCAACAUUGACCACGAGUUCUAUCUGGUGCACAGUCUGCAACCAACCACCGGUUACCAGUUCCGUUUGGCCGCUUAUAACCGAAUUGGUUGGAGUGACCGUGGUAUCCCUACGAAGGCGGUGCACACGUUGGAAGUGGGAGCGCCAAAGAUCCAAAUUACCCGCGCCAUGAAGCAGCUGCAACAGUUGACCGAAUCCGGUCAACAGGUUGGUCCCGAGGAACGCGGUGGUCGUUUGGACUACAGCUACGAGAAGACUCCGCUCAAGUGGAGCAUCGAAGGCAAUUACAACGAAAAGUUCAGCUUCAUGUCGGAAAUCUCGCGCGGUCGUUACUCGAUCGUCGUGAAGGGCUUGGAAAAGGCCACCGACAAGAUCGUUGUCGCGAAGAUCUUCGAGCUGGGUGACGAACGCGUCGCCGAAGCUGCUGAGAGUGAGUUCGACAUGCUGCGCACGUUGAGACACGAACGUAUCGCUAGUCUGCUGGCGGCGUUCAAGCCGAAGAACACCUCGAUCGCUGCCCUCGUUAUGGAGAAGCUGCAGGGUGCCGACGUGCUGACGUACCUCAGCAGUCGCUCCGAGUAUUCCGAGCAGGUCGUUGCCACGAUCAUCGGCCAGGUUUUGGACGGUCUGCAGUAUCUGCACUGGCGCGGAAUUUGCCACCUGGAUCUGCAGCCGGACAACAUCGUCAUGUCGUCGGUGCGACAGGUCCAGAUCAAGCUGGUUGACUUUGGAGCGGCCCAGCAGGUCACCAAGUUGGGUGCAAAGGUGCCCAAUCUUGGAUGGUUGGACUUUACUUCUCCCGAAGUGCUCAACAGUGAGGCUGCCUACCCGCAGACCGACAUCUGGACCGUUGGUUGCUUGGCGUACCUGUUCCUGUCCGCCAACAGUCCGUUCCACGGCGGAGACGAGGCCGAAACGCGUGCCAACAUCAGCUUCGUGCGUUAUCGCUUCGAGUAUCUGUUCAAGGAGGUCACGCAGGAGUCGACCCGCUUCCUGAUGCUGAUCUUCAAGCGAGCCCCAACCAAACGUCCAUCGGUGGAGGAGUGCUUCGAGCACAGAUGGCUUGUCCAUACCGACUUCAUGACGAAGAAACGCGAGCGUGCGAUCUUCCCGGGAAGUCGUCUGAAGGAAUUCUCCGAAUAUUACCACUCGAUGAAAACGAACGAGGCCACCAAGUCGGAGACCAUCUCCAACCUCGGUGGUCAAUCCCCACGCCAGUUGCUGCGAUCCAACAGCAUCCAGGAGGAGCUGUUGACCACCUUCUAGAAGCCUUCCUUAAUCUCUACCACUACCAUCUUAUCAUAACACACUACUUUAAAAUGAUACUUUCGUCUCUCUUGAACCCUUCAACUAUUUAUUUACCCAUUUAUUUAUUUAUUUAUCAUGUAUAGCACGUAGUUCACGUAGCGCCCCCGAAAAAGGCAGCUAACAUUCAAACUAAGUUUUGUACAUACUCAAAUCUUUGUUUCCUGAACAGCAACUUGAUUUUUAUUUAUAAACCUUUAGGCAUAAUCAUUAGGGAAACGCAUAAUAGUAAACCACGAGAACUCUUUAUAUAUUUGUAUAUGUGAUAAUCCGGGUCGGAACAAUUUUUUAUAUGAAUUUUUAACCGAAACUAUAACCACAAAUACGUUACACAUCCCUGAAGAAACGACUCGGACCCAUAUAUCGUGUUGCUCUCGUUGGUGUUUUUUUUUAAUAUCGAGAAGUGUAAAAAUGUGCUAGUUUAGCAAAAAAAAAAAAACCAAAGAAGGACAGCAAUAGAAGAUAAGAACAGAAAGGAUGGCGACCGCCAAACAAGAGAACUGUGUAAUUUUAAGCGAUAGCAAAAAUAAUAAAUUUGGAGAUGAUUAGGUUACUUUGCUGGCGAAAUGUUCGUGUAGAAAAAAAAACUAUUCUUAAUAAAUCGAAUAACCAGAUUGAUUUAUCUUAUUUCGUAGCAACGGCAAACUUUGGAAGCUUUAAAAUUGUAGAACGUUAUUCUUUUCUGUUUUUAUCAAUAUUCUUUUGAAUUUCAAUAAACAGUUGUGCAUAAAUA